AGAGCCAGUUAGUGGGAGGGGGUCCUGACUCUCAGCCGUCGGGAAACUAGUUCCCUCUGGUGCUGAGAGCCAGGCAUCGGAAAAGGGUUCUGUGGGCUCACCUGAAGAUCAAAUGGAGGAUCCCUCUCGACUUAUUGGAGACUGCCCAGUGGUCGAAAUCAACAUGGGAGGAGUGAUGGUGCCAUGUCUCUUGGACACUGGGUCAAUGGUCACCACAAUCAGAGAGAGUUUCUUUGAAAAACACUUCAAGUCACAGGGCGUCGGGUUGUUGAAACAAUGUCGCUGGCUAUGUCUCAAGGCCGCUAAUGGGUUAAAAAUCCCCUACAAGGGAUACAUGGAGCUUGAUGUUGUCGUCUUGGGUGACACCUUAACACAAAUGGGUGUGUUGGUUGUAGAGGACCCGCAAAAGGAGACCCCAGAACAAAAGCAGCAGGCAGUGCCUGGCAUCCUUGGGAUGAACAUCAUUGGUCGUGGUUACGGUUUGCUUGUUGAGCAGUUUGGCCAUAAUCUCCUUGAGGCACCUGUCCUCAAAGCUGCUGGCAAUGAGUGGAAGGAAACGUUUGCCGAGUGUAAACGCCUUGAAGCUGCAAAGGCACAAGGUUACUUGGGGAAAGCCAAAGUUCACGGUCGAGCUGUUCGUGUUCCUGCUGGUUCCUUGACGUGGAUUCACACUACUUGCCCCUCUGCUGCAAACACUACUCUCCCUUCCGUGCUUCUUGAACCCUUAGCAACAGGGAAUCGCCUCCCAGCAGGCAUUCUUGUGUCCUCGGCCCUUCUUCCUGUCCAUCAGGGCAGGGUGGAAAUUCCUGUUGUUAAUGUGGGCACUGAAGAUGCUUGGCUGCAGCCUUACACACAGCUGGGUGAGCUGCAUGUGGUUGACCCACUGCAAGCAGAAAGCUCUGUCCUCUUUGAGGAGAUGGAUACUCAUCCCACAAUUGCAGUGGUUCAAGAGGUGACUGCAGUGAGAAAUCCUUCCAUUGAUCUUUCCAGGCUGUCAUGGUCCAAUCUAUCUGCUGAACAGACAAAACAAGGGCUGGAGCUUUUGCAGAAACACAGCACCGUUUUCAGUCAUGGAGAAGGGGACCUGGGAUGCACUUCUUUGGUGGAGCAUGAAAUUCCUUUAGUGGACGACGGCCCGGUGCGGCAACGAUAUCGCAGGCUCCCGCCAUCUCAGUAUGAACAGGUUAAAGUCCAUAUUCAGGAGCUGUUGGUCAGAGGGGUUGUGCGUCCAAGUUGUAGCCCAUACUCUUCUCCAAUUGUAGUAGUUUUCAAGAAAAACGGAGAGCUCAGGUUGUGUGUAGACUACCGGUUGCUCAAUGCCAAGACGCGAAAGGAUGCUUACCCCUUGCCGCGAAUUGAAGAGUCCCUGGAUGCCCUCACAGGUGCCCAGUUGUUCUCAACAUUGGAUCUUGCCAGUGGGUACAACCAAGUACCCAUGGCGGAAAAGGACAAGGCAAAGACUGCUUUUUGCACACCGUUCGGGCUCUUUGAGUUCAAUCGGAUGCCAUUUGGGCUAUGCAAUGCUCCUAGCACCUUUCAAAGGUUGAUGGAGCGGAUCUUUGGAGACCAGAGCUUUCAGUCUGUACUGCUGUACUUAGAUGACAUUGUCAUCUUUUCUUCAUCUUUUGACCAGCACCUGCAACGUCUUGACUUGAUUCUGAGCCGCCUUAAAGAACACAACCUGAAAUUGAAACUCCAAAAAUGUCACUUCUUUCAGUCUGAAGUCAAAUAUCUGGGCCAUGUUAUUUCUGCCUCUGGUGUCGCCACUGACCCUUCUAAGAUUAGUGCAGUGGCUGAAUGGGCACGACCAACUACUUGCACCGAACUACAGUCAUUCUUGGGAUUCGCUUCCUACUAUCGUCGCUUUGUAGCCGGCUUUGCAAGGCAUGCUGCCCCACUCCACCGACUGGUGGGUGAGAUGGGGGGGACCAAGAAAGGCAGAACGAAUGGGAAAGGGGUCUUGAGCGACCGUUGGAGCGAAGAGUGUGAAAAUGCAUUCCAAUCACUCAAAAGACUCCUCGCUAGUGAUGGAAGGGAGAAUGUGCUGGUGGUCACGGAUGUGUUUUCUAAAUUCACUCAGGCCUACCCAACAUCGGAUCAGCGGGCCAGUACAGUGGCCAGAGUGCUGACGGAAAAGUGGUUCUACACCUAUGGUGUGCCCCAGCGCAUUCAUAGCGAUCAAGGAAGGAGUUUUGAAGGGGACCUCAUGAAACGACUUUGCCACCUUUAUGGGAUUGAGAAGAGCAGGACUACACCGUACCACCCAGAAGGCAAUGGACAAUGUGAGAGAUUUAAUAGAACAUUGCAUGACUUAUUGCGUACACUUCCCCAAGAGAAGAAAAACAAAUGGCCGCAAUACCUACCCCAAGUGCUUUAUGCAUACAACACAACAGACCAUCAAUCAACAGGAUAUUCGCCAUACGAACUUAUGUUCGGGCAAAAAGCCCAACUUCCUGUGGAUUUUCUGUUGGGUGGAUCCCAGAAGGAACCCAUAUCUGGCUCAGCAAAGGAUUGGGUGGAUGAGCACCAAAAGCAUUUGAAGUCAGUCUACCUUCAUGCAAAGGCCCAACUCCGACAGGCAGCAGAGCGGCGAAACCGACACUACCAACCAACAGCGACUUCCAUCCUCACUCCUGGAACAUUGGUUUACAGGAGAAACCACCUCCUAGGACGUCACAAAAUUCAGGACACGUGGGACUCAGUGGUCUAUGUGGUUGUGGAAAACAUGGAUAAAGAAGGAAGAGUCUACAAAAUACACCCCAGAGAUUGUACCGGCCCGGAAAGGCAUCUUAACAGAUCGGAGCUCAGAGUGGUACCAGCGGCUGGUACUGGUAUGCCCAUGACACAACCCCAACCUUUAUUGGACCCUGGCCUGACAGAUGGCCCACCUCGACAGUUAAACUCAAACACCAUGGAUGACGAGAACAGUGACUCUGAAGAAAUCCUAUUCACCAUGGAACCAGAGCGGCGGCGAGCUUGGGUCCCCUCCCACAUUGCACUCGAGCCAAAUAGUGAUGUAGGGAGCACAGACUCACAUAGUCCUGUUUGCUCACCAUUAACUUCAGAGCCGAAUCAGGAAACCAGUUCCAACUACAGUGUACCCGUUGUAGAAACAGCCGAACCUGUAAUAGUGCAGGAACGGCUUCGAAGAAUCACCGCUGGCCAACACACUAAUCCGUUUCACCUCCCAAGGUCAGCAAAUUGCACCCUCGCUACCUCAGUUAGAACAAUACAGGUGUCCCAAGCUGUAGACAACCAGGCAGCUUCAAGAGUGUUUAGGCCCUGGAUUUAAUCCGUCACCGGGACGGUGACUUUUCAAAAUGGGGGCAAUUGUAACGGGGAUGGGUUUAGGACCCUGGGGAGCCUUUAAAGGGAGAGCAGAAGCAGCGCUCUCUCUCUCUCUCACCUGCAGAAGUGCAGACACUCAGCAGAAGGCACUCCAAACAUUUGUUGUGGUAGGUUGUGAUUUGAAGGGAAAUAAUAUUUUAUUCACAUUGUACUGCAUUAAAAACAUUAUUUUAAUGGAUAUACAUUUACUUUACUAGAAGAGCAGCGGCAGCAGUUGGGGCAGAUUCAGUGUGGACAUUGUGUGAGGUUUGAUGAUUUAUCUGUCUCUGACAAAAGAAUAACUGCUGGUCCGGGUGCUAGUUAAAAACAACUUUAAAGGGCGACAACCUAUUAACUGCUGGUCGGGUUUGGUAAAGCUACUUGAAGGUACAGCAUGUUGAAUGGUGUAUUUUAUUUAAGUAUUGUAUCUUAACCUGUGGAACAAAACUUAACACUCAUGUCUGUGUUCAUAGGACUGUCUGCGAGAGAAGUGACUGUCACUGUUUUUUUUCCCUCCUAAUACUUAGUUUCAUUUGGGCCUUCUUGUUUUCUUUUAUUUGUUUUGGUUGUUAUUUUAGUUGGGCUAAGUGCAAUAUUUACCAGGCGCCAGACAGCGCCUUAGUGGCCACCGGUUUGGGGGAAGCUAUCGCAUUAACAUUUAGUGAUCCCUUUUGUUUUGUGUGCUUAUAUUUUGGUUGCAGUGCAAACCCAACCUUGAGACCGUGCAAGUGAUUCAUUAGAGUGCAGUGGUGUUGUUACUCUAUUGGUUUGGGUUUCUUUUUGAGUUAUUGGGUCCUGAAUGCGUGAGCUGAUCCUAUUUAUCCCCUUACCGUCACUUGGAUGAUGUGUGCUUUUGCCUAAUUUAUAUGACGCCUGACCUUUUUAAAUUAAUUUUGUAAUAAACUAUUUUCAUGAUUUAUCUGCCUCCUGUCCUGGUUAUUCUGGACAUU